GCUUAGAAAAAGGCUGGGCCACCUGAGCCAGAAGGAGUUGCCCAGGAGAGACAGCAAGCUCAUCACUGUCUGCGGGGGAACUUGGAGCCAGAGCCCACAGCCAUGAGAGGGAACCUGAAGGUGAAGAUGCUGAGUGGCCAGGAGUUAUCGAUGUCCAUACCGUUCUCCAUGCUGACAGCGGAGCUGAAGGGGCAGAUCGCCCAGAAGACCGGCGUGCCUACCUUCCAGCAACGCCUGAUCGCCCACCCGUCCGGCACGGAGCUGAAGGACAAGCUUCCUCUCGAGGGGCAGAGCCUGAGCCCCGGUAGCACGGUCCUGCUGGUGGUGCUGAGCGACGACCCCCAGAGCAUCCUGGUGAGGAACGAGAAGGGUCGCACCAGCGCCUACGAGGUCCGGCUGACACAGAAGGUGGCUGAGCUGAAGCAGCUGGUGAGCCGUGAGGAGGGCAUGCCUGCCGACCAGUUCUGGCUGAAUUUCGGGACCAAGAAAAUGGAGGACCAGCGCCAGCUGGGGGAGUACGGCCUCACGCCCAAUUGCACCGUGUCGGUGAACCUGCGCCUGCGCGGGGGCGAGGCAGGGGCAGGAGGGCUGCACUGAGGGCCCCACUGGAGUCCCCACCCAGUACCAUAAUAAAAGUUGAUGCUAAGCUAA